AAUAUAAAAUACCCAAUCGAAUCACUGAAUUGUUUUUUUCCUAUUUUUUUAAUUGAAGUUUAAGUGAAAUAAUUGAUAAUUCCGGUGACAACAAACCAAUUAAAAAAAAAAAACAAAAAACAUUGUUGACUAAAAAAACGGAAUCAAUAAACAACUCUGAAAUAUGCGCCCUUUCGGCAACGAUAUCACAAACAUCUCCAAUAACAAUGGAGCUGGCAAUGGUGAGGAUCGGUCAAAUGGCAAUGGAAAUGGCAAUGGCAACAAUCCCGUCAAUAGAGACAGCGUCGAGUCAGACUCCAACUCUUCCACAAAUGAGUUAGCCUUGGACACAGAAACAGACCCACGCAUUCCUCCACAUAUAGCCAGAAUAGGAGGCAUUGGCGCAUUCCCGCCGAUCGCCGGACGUGGAGUUAUACGAGUGGUGCGCCGUUGCGAGGACGCCAAGGAGAACCACAAGCUAGAUUUAUCACAAUGUGAACUCAUGCAAAUACCAGAUGCAGUGUAUCACUUGAUGCGGAAUACAGAACUACAAACUUGUAACCUUAGUGGCAACGUGCUGAAGAAGAUGACGCCAAAGUUUGCGCUGAAGUUUAGCACAAUUACGGAUCUCAAUCUCUCAUAUAAUCAGUUGACAAAGCUGCCAGACGAAUUUGCCAAUCUGAGUGCCUUAACCAAUCUAAAUAUCUCUCACAAUUCGUUUAUUGUAUUACCUCAAGUCAUCUUUAGGCUUCAGAAGCUAGCCACUUUGGAUGCUCAGCAUAAUGCCAUUUUAGAGAUUGAUACGGACGAAGCAAUUAGCAGUGACUGCCUGGCUGUGGUGGAUCUGCGCAAUAAUCCGCUGAGCAGAAAUUGUCGUCGCAAAUUGGAAGAUUUCGUCACCAGCUUUCGCUUAGAGAUUUCACAGGAAGUUGAGGACGAUUGGUGAUCGACUGGGAAUAUUUUAAAUAAGUUCAUCGUUAUCUAUAGAAGAAACUACUUGCUGUAAUGUUUUUA